AUGUAUACGACCACGGCGGCUCGCCCGUCGUCGUCAGACUUGUCUUUUUUCUCCAAGUCAAAAUCUUCAAAGAAUGUCGCGUCGAACGCGACUCCGAGCGUGGUCACCACGCGUGUUGCCGUCGUGCCAAAACCCCCUGACGGCACCCUUAAGCUCAAAGCUCGCUCGGCGACUCCUCCAGGCUACUCAUCCAUUUCAGACUCUGUAAAACGGCGAAGAAUAGAGGAGAACGACGGAGGACCAGAAAAAACAAAGAAACCACGAGUUUCUCUGCCAAGCGGCGACGCGCGGUCGCGCGCGCCGAGCUCGACGCCCGCGAACAGUCGACAGUCUUCUGUAUCACGCGCGUCGUAUCCUCCUACACGAGAUACGUCACUAGAGCGUGGCAGCAGGUCGCGCUCAGUCUCAGAAUUUCCCCUUGCGGACCCUCCUCCGCGGGACUGCUCGAUCGAAGAGGGCGGGAGACCCGGUGCGGGAUUUCUGAGCUGCGAGAGUGUGGUGCAGAACUUGAUGAAGACAUAUAAAGGAUAUUUUACGAACCCAAAUGACCCGGAAGACAAGAGAUUUGAGCCUCACCCCACGGAUUAUCCUGUUACGGAACUAGAGUACCCUAAUACCGGGGCAUGCGAGAGGAAAACGAGAUUUGUGCUGCUGGUACCCAAGGACAAGGACCAUUACAAUCCAAUAAUGUGUCUAGAGAAUACCCUGCAUACGAUACUCGAGAACUAUCUUACUCCAGCCCAGCAGGCGUUAUUUGGCAGUCUUCCCACCACUAAUCUGGCCGACGAUGACAGCAUUGAGGCCUCUCCCCCACCAUCAGAGUCUGGCAAUCUGGCAUCUCCUGCGUCGUCAUUAUUAUCCCUCACUGAAUCCUCUGUGUCCACAUCAUCCUCACUACCCUGCAUCUCUAUGCUAUCAUCCAUCUCGGAGCUCUCCCCGUACGCGUCGCAGGGCUCGGCUUCUGCGACUCCCACGGUCAACUACCUUCGACUGCUUCGACGUGCGGUGCACAAGCGCGACGGGCCGCUGUUCCUUAGUGUCAUGGCAGCCAUCAAUACACUCCUGCGGCUCCUGAAAUAUCCCCCCGUGCCCGAGGACCCGUUCGAACUGACGCAAGGCAAUUGUAUCCGCCGGGCAGUCAAAGGUUGGACGCAUAUCCCGAAGAAUGUCAUUACGCGUAUUAUUGAUGAGACGUACCAGAGGGCCGUGGGCCCUCACUCGGCGAUGCUGAACCGCUACGAGGCAUUCUCGUCGGAGGUGUACGGCGAGCUGAUGCCGUCGUUCGUCUCGCAGAUCGUCCAAGCUACGGGCCUCAAUUCGGACUCACUGUUCCUGGACCUGGGGUCCGGCGUGGGCAACGUCGUGCUGCAAGCGAGCUUGCAGACAGGGUGCAGGAGCUUUGGGAUCGAAGUUAUGCCUACCCCUGCGAAGAUUGCGCGGAGCCAGCUUGAACAAUUUCAGAAGCGAUGCCGCAUGUGGGGUGUGCGCAUGGGGGACGUGGAGCUCGAGGAGGGCGACAUGUUAACAAGCGCUCGAGUGGAUGAGCUUGUGCCAAAGGCCGAUGUCGUCUUGGUCAAUAACAAAGUAUUCUUAGAGUCCUUGAAUGAGGCCCUACGUCCGAAAUUCUUGGAUUUGAAGGAGGGUGCCAUUGUGGUGUCCCUAAAGCCAUUUGUAUCAUCGACGCGUCUGACACGGACGGAACGGAACUUGGAUGACAUCAGUGCCAUAUUCCCCGUGCUCACCACCGUCUGCGAUGAGAUUGAUCGUUUUCCACGAAAGGAAAUAAUGGACCUUACUGCCGCUUCAUCCAUGCCCGAAUCUCUCAACAUAACUCGCACCCCGGUACCUUCCAUCCCAGUCAUACAGAGAUCGGACUCAUAUGACGAAUAUCGGGGACACCACACCCCGCUUAUCAUCGACAAUGGCUCGAGCAACCUGCGUUUCGGAUUCUGCACCUCAAACAUUCCGCGGUCGCAGCCAAAUGUAGUGGCUAAGUUCAAGGAGCGCCGGACGAACAAGCCGAUGAUGCUCUUCGGGGACGGCGUAGAUGUGGACAGCACCGCCAAGGCGCAGGCCAAGAUGCCAUGGGAGGGCGAUGUUCUACUUAACUUCGAAGCGCUUGAAAAUGCACUGGACUAUGCAUUCGUGCAGCUGGGCAUCGACGCAGGCAGCAUCGACCACCCCGUCCUGAUGACUGAGCGCUUGUGCUCACCAUUGUAUUCACGCAGCUCGACGUCGGAACUGAUGUUUGAGCAGUAUUCUGUACCGUCACUGGCGUAUUGCGUCGACUCUGUUAUGUCCUUCUAUCACAGUUGUAGUGCUCCUGUUCCUUUCAGGUCUGACGGUAUAGUUGUUUCAUUCAAUACUGCAUCUACUUCGGUCAUACCCGUGCUGGGAGGAACAAGUCUCAUGAAACAUGCCCAGCGGAUACCAUGGGGCGCCUCCCAGGCCACGGACUAUCUGCUCAAGCUUAUCCAGCUGAAGUACCCCACGUUUCAGACUCGUGUUACUAACAACCAAACAACGUGGAUGCUCCAUAAUUUCUGCGAAUUCGCGACGGACUACCCCGCUGUCCUGCGCGGGUUAAACGAUCCGCUGAACCUGCGCGAGUCCGAACGUAUCAUCCAAUUUCCGUUCACACUUCCCGUAGUGGAAGAGAAGACUGAAGAAGAGUUGGCGCGCGUCGCGGAACGGAAGAGAGAGCAAGGGCGCAAGCUACAAGAGAUUGCGGCCAAAGCGCGGCAGGAAAAACUCGAGCGAAAGGAAAUUGACCUAAAGCGCCUGCUCACUCUCCGCGAGAGACGCGACGAGGAGAGCCAGAAAGACUGGGGCGACAUUCUUGAACACGCGGGCUACGAGAAUGAUACCGCUCUGGAUAGUGUUAUCAAGAAGCUUGAAGGAGACCUCAAAAGAGCGAAGAAGAAGGAAGCGGUCGGCGAGGAUGCUGAGGAAGAGCCGCCAUCCUUCCCGCUUGUCGAUGUUGCAGACGCCGAUCUAGACGAGGAUGGCUUGAAAGAAAAGAAGAAGCAGCGACUGAUGAAGGCAGGAUACGAUGCGCGCGAACGUGCGAAACGCGAGAAAGAGCGUGAGAAGGAGGAGCGCGAGGCUGAAGAGCGGCGCGAGGAAGAAGAACGCGACCGCGAUCUCGCCGGUUGGGCGACUAAGCUGCGGAAGGAGCAUCAGGCACGAAAUCAUCCAUUUUGUUGGGAAGUCCUUCUCAUGGAUUGCCGUUCGGUUCAGACCAUCAUGAAUAAGAUCAAGGAGAGGAAUCGCCGGCGGAUGGCGUUGACGGACAGGAAGAGCGCAGCGGCGCAGGCAAGGAUGAAGAACAUCGCAAAUCUUGCCGCGGACGAUCGUGUGCCGAAGAAACGGAGGAAGAAUGGCGGUGAAGACAUGUUCGGGGCGAACGAUUCAGAUUGGGCGAUAUAUCGCCAGAUAAAUAAUGCAGGAGCGUCGUCAGACGAGGAAGAAGAUAUCAUAAAUCUGCAAGCUGUAGAGCAAAAGCUGCUUAACUUUGAUCCCACAUUCACCUCUGAGCACACGCAUGCAGCAUUGUCGUCGCAGCGCUCGGCACUCAUGUCCGCGUUCAGGCCUCAGUACGAAGAAGGGGAUGUGGAGGGUAACGCUCGGAUCCAUUUGAACGUCGAGAGGUGGCGAGUGUGCGAAACUUGGUUCUCACCCAGUAUGGCGGGCGUGGAUUCUGCUGGUGUCGGCGAAGUGUUACAGAACGUCCUCGCCCGCUUCCCCGAUCAUGAGAAAGCCCGAUUGGUCAAGAACGUGUUCGUGACCGGCGGACCAUCGCAGCUCUCAGGGCUCGUACCACGUCUGCAAGCAGCGCUGCGCCCAACAUUACCGCCCGAAAUGCCGCUGGAGAUUGUGCGCGCUGCCGACCCCCUCCUUGACGCGUGGAGAGGCAUGGCGGAUUUCGCGAAGACAGAAGAGUUUAAGCGAGUCGGCGUGACGAAGGCGGAGUAUGAUGAGUGGGGUGGUGAACGAAUCAAGAGAUGGUGGGGAGGAAACUGGAACUCUUCUGUGCUGUAA